AUGCUGGCCGGUGGAGAACCUGCUAGGUGCUUCACUGCUCUGGUGGUGCUGGUGCAGUGUCUCCGGCCGGCCUCCCUGACCUCUCCCCGCUGCCCUUCUGCAGGGAUUGUGUUUGCACGGUACGGCCCCGUGUGGAGACAGCAGAGGAAGUUCUCCCACUCGACUCUUCGCCACUUUGGCUUGGGGAAGCUGAGCUUGGAGCCCAGAAUCAUCGAGGAGUUCAGAUAUGUGAAAGAGGAGAUGCAGAGGCACGAGAACAGCCCCUUCAGCCCCUUCUCCGUCAUCAACAGCGCCGUGUCCAACGUCAUCUGCUCUCUGUGCUUCGGCCAGCGCUUCGAUUCCAGUAACUGCGAGUUUCAGCGGAUGCUGGGUCUCAUGUCGCGGUCGCUGGAAAUCUGCCUCAACAGCCAGCUCCUGCUGGUCAACGUGUGCCCCUGGCUCUACUACCUGCCCUUCGGGCUGUUCCGGGAGUUGCGCCAAAUCGAGAGGGACAUCACCGUCUUCCUGAAGAAAAUCAUCAGCGACCACCGCGAGUCCCUGGACGCCGAGAACCCGCGGGACUUCAUAGACAUGUACCUGGCCCAGGUGGAGCGGGAGCGCAGGAGCGACCACGGCAGCAGCUUCGACGAAGACUACCUCUUUUACAUCAUCGGGGACCUCUUCUUCGCCGGCACCGACACCACCACCAACUCACUGCUCUGGUGCCUGCUGUACAUGGCGCUGAACCCCGACGUGCAAGCAAAGGUUCAUGAGGAAAUUGAAAGGGUCAUCGGUCCUGACCGCGCCCCUUCCCUCACGGACAAGGCCCAGAUGCCCUACACGGAGGCCACCAUCAUGGAGGUUCAGCGGCUGACGGUGGUGGUCCCACUCGCCAUCCCCCACAUGACCUCAGAGGAGACAGUGCUCCAGGGGUACAGGAUUCCUAAGGGCACAGUGAUCUUACCCAACUUGUGGUCAGUACACAGAGACCCAGCUGUCUGGGAGAAGCCCAAUGACUUUGAUCCGAAUCACUUUCUGGAUGAUCAAGGACAACUUAUUAAAAAAGAAACCUUUAUUCCUUUCGGGAUCGGGAAGCGGGUGUGCAUGGGAGAGCAACUGGCAAAAAUGGAGCUGUUCCUGAUGUUUGUGAGUCUGAUGCAGAGUUUCAGGUUUGCGUUGCCGGAGGAUUCUGGGAAGCCCAUCCUCACCGGAAAAUACGGCCUCACUUUGGCCCCGCACCCAUUUAAUCUGAUCAUUUCAAAGAGAUAAAGGGCAUCUCCGAUCAGAGGGGAUGCAGAACACCGAUGUGUGUCCUACUCAGCAGAUUCCUCCUUCUGCUGCCCAGAAGACUAAGCCAUGCUCAGGCUUGAGGGAAACUGCCAGGCCUGUGUCGCCCAUGGGAGCUCACUGGAGGGGGUCCCUCCCACACAUGGCUUCUGCCCUUCCCACGCUGCAUGCCCCAACCUGGGGCUGGGAUCAGAGCGCCAGAUCGGGAAGCUGGGGGUCCAGGUCCCAGCUCCAUCCACCCAGCGAGCCUGCCCCCUCACCGCUGGCCUCCAUCGUCCACCUUCAGGCACGAGGCCAGUGCCAUGCCUUCUCUCUAGCUUGCUCUCCGCACUCAGAUGCCCUGAGUCGAGUCUCUUCUGACAGCAUCAAAACAGUUAAGUCUGAGAACAAAUUCAGGGGUAGGGGUUUGUUGUGCAAGGCCCGUGACAGCCUGACUGGUGUGACACUGGUUCCUUUGUUGUCUUUACAUUCUGGAAUUAUUUAGAGCUUUUCUUGACACAGAUCCUGGGAAUUGUCAUCUUCUCGCUUAUGAUUUCAGUUUUUACUUCUCAGAGACGUGGGUACAGCGGCCCCUGCCCUGUAGGUGAGAGGAGGCUGCUGGUGGAGCCUCUCGGUCUGCCAGGGGCCAUAGCCAGGCUGAGCACUCAGCUGCGUUGACUCGGAGACACAGCUCUGGCUUGGGCGGGAGCCCGUGAGCCCUGAGGGCGGACCGAGACUGUACCAGCAUUCCUGUUCUUCUCCCCACUCCCUGCCCAGCCUCUUGAGACAGGAAGACAUUCUUGCUCUUAAGAGAUGAACAUUGUGAGUAUAGCGGUUCCUCUGGAGGAGUAAAGGAGGGCAUGGUCUCUUUCGGCACAUCUCUGUCUGGGUUAUCACAGCGGCGAGGUGUCUCCGGCCUUCUGCGGCCAGGAUGCUGGGCGUCGGCUGAGUGCUCCACAGUGGGGCCCUGGCACAGCCCCAAGGAGAACAGGUGGCACAGGACAUGCGCCCUCCAGUUACAGAGGCCAUCGAGGCAAAGGAUGAGCGCCUACCAUGAGCCCCUCAUUCUGCUCCCCAACUUCCCUUCACUUGUGUGGCUGACACAGUUCUUGCGGGAGCUCUUCCCAGGGCGCCGUCUUGCAACUGUCAGAGCCGAGACACUUACGUUCCGGCACGUGGUGUAAAAGCAUGUUGCCAUGUCGAGCCUGCCUGUGUCAGACCCCACGGCCCCUGCGGACCUGGCCUGGGCAGCCACCCCUCAUCCUUGCAGUCUGUCUCUGCACCCUCACUAUAGACAGCCGAAAUGCAGGCUGGUCUUCAGUUCAUUGCAAAUGGAACACCAAUGAGCAGACUGCCCUAGAAGGGUGAGUGACUGGGGCGGGGGGCGGGGGCUGCAGCUUCCAAGCGAGACCAUUUCUGCUUGCCGCCAACAUGGUGAGCGGGACAACCUGGGGACGUGGAGUCGCGUGUGCUUUCGAGUGGCCUAAACGAAACCUUUGCAAUGGCAAGAUCCUCCUCCCCAAAGCAUACCUGUCCUUCUGCGUUCCUGCUUGUAGUGUACUUGAGGGAAAAGCCAUCUAUGAGAUGAUGCAGAAAUCAGAUGUUUAUAAAUGAUUGCAUAUAAUGCCUUACACUGAAGCACUUUAAAAACAUCUUUACCAAAGGGCUGUGUUUUCCUCGAAUCUGUCGAAAUUUUACUACUUAUACUUGAACUAUAAAAACAAGAGCACUUUGCUUUAUAAAUGUGCCUGAAAUGUGUAGUCCUCCUCUUUAGCCUAAUUUUGGAUGACUUCAUUAAACUUCUGAUUUUAUCUAAGA